GGGCAGGGUGGGGCGCGGGCGGGCAGUGGGCGGCCGGCCUCCCGGAAGCGCCGCUAUAAGGCUGGAGGGCUGGCCACACAGCCAUCCCCCUCGGCCGCUCCUUCUCGCUUCGCUGCAGUCGCGCUCUGAGCCCAGCCUUCAGCCAUGGCGCGCCCCCUGGAUCAGGCUGUUGGCCUCCUGGUGACCAUCUUCCACAAGUACUCCGGUCAGGAGGGAGACAAGAACACUCUGAACAAGAGUGAACUGAAGGAGCUGAUCCAGAAGGAGCUCACCAUUGGCGCGAAGCUGCAGGAUGCUGAAAUUGCAAAGCUGAUGGACGACCUGGACCGGAACAAGGACCAGGUGGUGAACUUCCAAGAAUAUGUCACCUUCCUGGGGGCCUUGGCCAUGAUCUACAAUGACAUCCUCCGGGGCUGAAAAUAAAUUGGGAAGGUGGAGACACCCUCUAGCUGGCCUGUCUAGUGGUGGGUAAUUGUACAAUAAAUUUUUUUUUUUUUGGUUAAAUCUA